GCAAAUAGGAAACCAAACCCACCGUGCCGAGAAUCUGCAGCACAAUGAGAGAGGGAUCAGCUGUCUCAUCGUUGAGAUACUAUCCUGGUGGGGACAGAUCGGAGCUCGGGACCAGGGUUACUAAGAUCUUCCUCCAUGUCCGCAGCACCCCCCUCGAGCCCCAGCAGUGUCUCGGCCCCGGCUCUGGUCCAGUUCCAGCUCGGCCUGUUCAGGGAGGUGGUUCGAGUCCCGGCUGGAAACCUGAGCUACCGCCAUGCCAGGAGGCUCGCUGCGGAGAUCAUCGAGCGCAAGGCUCCAGAGUGCAGUGUGGUCGGCCUCGGGGAGAAGGUGCUGCUCUUCAGACAUGACUCCUCUUCAGAGCAGCUGCUGCAGCACCUCACUGACGAAGACGAGCUGCGGGACGGAGACCUCAUCGAGGUCAUCAUCGCAGGAUCAGCGACAGUGACUGAGAUGAGGAUCCGCCCCCACUCCCUGGUGGUCCACUCGUACCGGACCCCCACCUUCUGCCACCACUGUGGGGAGAUGCUGUGGGGCCUCGUCCGACAGGGACUCAAAUGUGACGGCUGUGGGUUAGACUUCCAUAAGCGCUGUGCCUUCCUCCUGCCCAAUGACUGCAGUCGGGCUCGUCGACAGGUCAGCACCAGCCUCUCCCUGUUUCCCCCCCGGCGGCCCCGCUCACACUCCCUGUCCAACCAGGCAGGAGGCAGUCUGGAGGAGAUCAGCAUGACGAAGCCCUCCUCCAGACCCCCGUCCUGGGCCGAGGCCCCGGUGUGGCUGGUGGUCGGGUACGGGGACUCCAGCCCGGCUCAGGUUCCUCACACCUUCCACAUCCACAGCUACACCAAACCCACCGUGUGCCAGCACUGCCACCGGCUGCUCAGGGGGCUCUUCAGGCAGGGCCUGCAGUGCUCAGACUGCAGGUUUAACUGCCAUCGGCGCUGCGAGCUGCUCGUCCCCAGAGACUGUCCCGGAGAGAGGAGGGCCGCCAACGGGGAGGAAUCCCCAGCGGUGGGUCAGAGCUGCCCUGCUGACCCGGAGGACGAUGACUCAGAUCUCAGCACGGUGGAAACCUCGGAGGAGGAGAUGUUCGCCGACGGAGAAUCCACCGCCGAGGGCCAGCAGGACGAGCAGCCACGGGAGGCCAUGAGUCCGUGCUUCAGCAGCUACAUCCCCCUGAUGAGGCUGGUGCAGUCGGUGCAUCACAGCAAGAGGAGAGCGGGGGGGGUCCUGAGGGAGGGCUGGCUGCUGCACCACACCAACACCGACACACUGAGGAAGCGUCACUACUGGAUCGUGGACUGGAAGAGCAUCACUCUGUAUCAGAACGAGAGCAGCACCAAGUUCUACAAGGAGAUCAGUCUCUCGGAGGUGCUGCAGGUCCGAGGCCCCGCCCACCUCUCCCUGUCGCCAGGCAACAGCGGGCACACCCUGGAGGUGGAGACGGCGGCGCUGGUGUUCUGCGUGGCGGCCGGAGAUGAAGCGUCCGUCUGGGAGAGCGCCAUCCGCCAGGCCCUGAUGCCGGUGCAGAGCAGCGUGGGGGGGGGGGAGGAGCAGGAUAAUGAUUCCCGAAGAGACAGCAUGGACAUCAGCUCGGUGUAUCAGAUCUCCACAGACGAGGUUCUGGGCUCGGGUCAGUUUGGAGUCGUUUACAAAGGCACUCACAGGAUGUCGGGUCGGCCGGUCGCCAUCAAAGUCAUCGACAAGACGCGUUUCCCCACCAAACAGGAGACGCAGCUGAGGAACGAGGUGGCCAUCCUGCAGAAUCUGUCCCACCUGGGCGUGGUCCUGCUGGAGGGGAUGUUUGAGACGGUGGAGUACGUGUUUGUGGUCAUGGAAAAGCUCCAUGGAGACAUGCUGGAGAUGAUCCUGUCCAGUGAGAGAGGCCGGCUCCCUGAACGCAACACCCGCUUCCUCGUCACCCAGAUCCUGGAGGCUCUGCGGUAUCUGCACCUCAAACACAUCGCUCACUGCGACCUGAAACCAGAGAACGUGCUGCUGGCCUCUGCAGACCCCUUCCCUCAGGUGAAGCUGUGUGACUUCGGCUUCGCCCGGAUCAUCGGAGAGAAGUCGUUCCGCCGCUCGGUGGUGGGAACGCCGGCCUACCUCGCCCCGGAGGUGAUCAGCAGCAGCGGGUACAACCGCUCUCUGGACAUGUGGUCUGUGGGCGUCAUCACGUACGUGAGUCUGAGCGGCACCUUCCCCUUCAACGAGGACGAGGACAUCCGCCAGCAGAUCACCAACGCAGCCUUCAUGUAUCCACGGCAACCCUGGACCUCCAUCUCAUUGGAGGCGGUGAGUCUGAUCAGCAACCUGCUGCAGGUGUCGGUCAGACGCAGGUUCAGUGUGGGCAAAGCUCUGGGACACCCCUGGCUGCAGGACUUCCAGCUGUGGUGUGACCUGCGUGCCUUUGAGCAGACGAUGGGCUGCAGGUAUCUGACGCACUGCGGGGACGAGGAGCGCUGGAUUCGCUUCACCAAGGAGAGAGGCCUGGACUUCCCCCCCCACCUCUGCUGGGACCCCGACAUGUGACUACGUACUCAAGGUAGGACAGGUGUAUUAUCUUUAUAUAGUUCCUUUAGCAGAUCAUUAUCCCUAUAUAUUAGUUAGUGUGAAAAAACAACA